GUUUUCAGCUGCGGCUGGACGAGGUUUGAGUGGCGCAGCAGAAUGAGCGCUGAUGCAGUAACGCAGCCGCAGCGCACACACUCAUCCUGCUGCGCUUUGUGUUGCAUCUCUGCGUCGCCUUCACUCUCUUUUUCUCACCCUGACAACUUUUAUCAGGCACUUUAAAGUCUUUAUUUUUGCACACUUACUGGAGGAAACUUCAUCUUCAUCUUCUUCAUCAUCUACUGGAGCGGGAGCGAGCGCAGAAUGAGGCGGCUGCUCGUGCUCGCGGCGGGACUCUCAGCGCUCGUGUCGCUGUGUGUAUCUGCGCAGACGCUCGACGCAGGCGCAGACAGAGCUGCGCAGACGCCUGACACGGAGCAGCCGAGAGCGAGCCGAUCGAAACGGCGAGGCGGCGGGCAAGACGUGCUGAAGGGGCCGAAUGUGUGUGGAUCCCGUCACCAUGCGUACUGCUGUCCCGGAUGGAAGACCUUGACCGGAGGGAACCAGUGCAUCGUUCCGAUUUGUCGCAGCUCCUGUGGGGACGGAUUCUGCUCCAGACCCAACAUGUGCACCUGUCCGACCGGCCAGAUCGCGCCCACCUGCGGAUCCAAAUCAGUCCAGAACUGUAACAUCCGCUGUAUGAACGGUGGGACGUGUGCAGAGGAGCAGUGUCUGUGUCAGAAGGGAUACACUGGAGCUCACUGCGGCCAGCCGGUGUGUGAGUCUGGCUGUCUGAACGGGGGCCGGUGUGUCGCUCCGAACCGAUGUCUGUGUAAUUACGGCUUCACUGGGGCUCAGUGUGAAAGAGAUUACAGGACGGGACCCUGUUUCGCAUCGGUCAGUAACCAGAUGUGUCAGGGUCAGCUGACGGGAAUCGUUUGCACCAAGACGCUGUGUUGUGCGACAGUGGGACGGGCCUGGGGUCACCCGUGUGAACAGUGCCCUGCUCAACCGCACCCCUGCCGCCGGGGCUUCAUUCCCAACCAUCGCUCUGGGGCCUGUCAGGAUGUGGACGAGUGCCAAGCCAUUCCUGGACUCUGUCAGGGGGGGAACUGUGUGAAUACUGUGGGCUCAUUUGAGUGCAAAUGCCCCGCCGGACACAAGUUCAACGAAAUAACACAGAAAUGUGAAGACAUUGACGAGUGCUCUCACAUCCCGGGCCUCUGCAGUGGAGGUCAGUGCUCCAACACCAUCGGCAGCUACUUCUGCAGGUGUCCGGUGGGCUUCGACACAGCGCUGGACGGCUCGCGCUGCAUCGAUGCCCGUACGGGGUUCUGCUACACCAGCAUCGUCAACGGACGCUGUGCCAACCUGCUGCAGCAGCGUAUGUCUAAGAGUCAGUGCUGCUGUGACAACCAAGGAUGCUGGUCUGGAUCCACCGUCCCAGAGAUGUGUCCCAUCCGCGGAACAGAGGAGUAUCAGACACUCUGUCUGAUUAGUCAGACGAUUGUUGAUCCACAGCGACCAUAUCCUGGCCCUGGUCCUGGUCCUUAUCCUGGUCCUGGUCCGUAUCCUGGUCCUGUUCCACGUCCUGGUCCCUAUGACCCAAAUGGCCCUUACCCACCUGAUGUGUUCCCGAUACCUGUGCGGCCCACACCUGCUGACCUUCCCUCGUUCACCAUCAGGCCUAUCAUCCUGCCUCAGAACGUCAGCAUCAGGAACAUGUGCGAGGUGAUUCGUAAUCUGUGCGUCAACGGCCGAUGCGUGCCGACACCGGGCAGCUACCGCUGCGAGUGUAACAUGGGCUUCAGGCUGGAUGGACGCGGCGAAUGCAUCGAUGAAAUUGAGUGUGAGCGAAGGCCCUGUGCAGUCGGAGAGUGUAUUAACACACACGGCUCCUAUUACUGCCAGUGUCCCACUGGAUUCCAGAGCACUGCGACUCGAACCGAGUGUCGAGAUCUGGAUGAGUGUGUGGCCAACGGUCGCAUCUGUAACAACGGCCGCUGCGUCAACACGGAGGGAAGCUUCCACUGCGUGUGCAACGCCGGCUUUGAGAUCUCAACGGACGGCAGGAACUGCCAAGAUACUGAUGAGUGUUUGAUUAGGAACAUCUGUCUGAACGGCAUGUGCAUUAAUGAGGACGGCAGCUUCAAGUGCAUCUGUAAACCUGGAUACUUGUUGGAUGGCACUGGCCGAUUCUGUGUGGAUGUGGACGAGUGUGAGGUUCCCGGCAUGUGUAUGAACGGUCACUGCGUGAACACGGAGGGCUCGUUCAGGUGCGAGUGUAUGCCGGGACUCGCCGUGGGGCUGGACGGACGCGUCUGCGUAGACACACACAUGCGCAGCACGUGUUAUGGAGAGUAUAAACGCGGUCAGUGUGUGCGACCGUUCUUAGGCGCUGUGACCAAAUCGGAAUGCUGCUGCGCCAACGUGGAGUAUGCCUUCGGAGAGCCGUGCCAGCCGUGCCCGCCGCUCAGCUCAGCGGAGUUCUCGGCUCUGUGCAGUAACGGCAUAGGAACUGCGACUGGUGGCAGAGAUAUAAACGAGUGUGCGCUGGACCCUGAUAUCUGUAAGAACGGCGUGUGCGAGAACAUGCUCAGAACAUACAAGUGUAACUGUAAUCUGGGCUUCGAGGUGGACAUCAGCGGGAAGACCUGUGUGGACGUGGACGAGUGCAUAAUUAACAGUCACCUGUGUGAGAACGGCCAGUGCAGGAACACGCCGGGCAGCUACGCGUGUAACUGCCCGAAGGGCUUCAUCUUCCAUCCCAAGACAGAGGUGUGUGAAGACGUCGAUGAGUGUUUGUCCAACCCGUGUGUGAACGGCGAGUGUAAGAACAGUCCCGGCUCGUUCGUGUGUCUGUGCUCAACAGGAAGCACGCUGGACAGCUCAGGAACGCUGUGUGUGGAGACCACUAAGGGCACGUGUUGGCUGAAGGUGGUUAACGGAAAGUGUGAGAUUAACAUUAACGGAGCGACGCUGAAGUCUCACUGCUGUGCCACGCUGGGGGCGGCGUGGGGGUCACCGUGUGCCAAGUGUGAACCAGAUGCGUUCUGCUCUAAAGGUUACGCGCGGGUGAAGGGAACCAUCUGUGAGGAUGUGAACGAGUGUGAGCUGUUUCCUAGCGUGUGCAUCAAUGGAAAGUGUGUGAACACGGACGGAUCGUUUGUGUGCCAGUGCCCCACUGGCAUGACUGUGGACGCCUCUGGAAGAACCUGUGUUGACCUGCGCACUGAGUUGUGUUACCUCUCACACAUCGACGAGCGCUGCGGAGCUGCGAUUCCCGGACGGCAUCGCGUGGACGCCUGCUGCUGCUCCGUCGGCGUGGCCUGGGGCCCGGAAUGCGACGAGUGUCCGGAGAAGGGAACGCCGGAAUACGCUCAGAUCUGCCCUCGACCCGGUUUCUCCCACCGCGGAGACUUCAUCAACGGGAAACCCUUCCUCAAAGACAUAAACGAGUGUAAAAUGAUUCACAGCUUGUGCACCAACGGCCGCUGCAGGAACACCAUCGGCAGCUUCCGCUGCAAGUGCGACAGCGGCUUCGCUCUGGACUCUGAUGAAAGGAACUGCACAGAUAUCGACGAGUGUCGCAUCUCUCCUGACCUGUGUGGUCAAGGCACGUGUGUGAACACAGCCGGGGACUUUCAGUGCGAGUGUUUCACCGGAUAUGAGAGCGGAUUCAUGAUGAUGAAGAACUGCAUGGACAUCAAUGAGUGUGAGCGCAACCCUUUGCUCUGUAGAGGAGGCGAAUGCAUCAACACCGAGGGCAGCUUCCGCUGCUCGUGUCCGGAGGGCCAUGAGAUCGCUCCCGACGGCUCCGCGUGCUUGGAUAUUAAUGAGUGUGAACUGAGUGACAAACUGUGCAGGAACGGUCAGUGUGUGAACAUGAUCGGACACUAUCAGUGCUCCUGUAACACCGGCUACAAAUCCACUGAAGACAGACUCGCUUGCGUCGAUAUUGAUGAGUGCACCAUUGAGAACGGUGGCUGUGAGACCUUCUGCACGAACUCAGAGGGCAGUUACGAGUGCAGCUGUCGCCGCGGUUACGCCCUCAUGCCUGACCUCAGGAGCUGCACAGAUAUCGACGAGUGUGAGGACAGUCCUGACAUCUGCGACGGCGGGCAGUGCACGAACAUCCCGGGUGAAUUCCAGUGCCUGUGUUUUGAUGGAUUCAUGUCGUCUGAGGAUAUGAAAUCAUGUCUGGAUGUGAACGAGUGUGAGCUGAAUCCCAACAUCUGUCUGAGCGGGAAGUGUGAAAACACGAAGGGCUCGUUUAUCUGUCACUGUGACCUCGGAUUCUCCGUCAGGAAAGGGACGACCGGCUGUACAGAUAUUAACGAGUGUGAGAUCGGCGCUCAUAACUGCGACCGGCACGCGACCUGCACCAACACCGCCGGCAGCUUCAAAUGCAGCUGCGCUCCGGGCUGGAUCGGGAACGGGAUCAAAUGCUCAGAUCUGGACGAGUGUUCCAAUGGGACGCACCUGUGCAGCCCCAGCGCAGACUGCAUGAACACCAUGGGCUCCUACCGCUGCCUGUGCAAAGAGGGCUUCAACGGAGACGGCUUCUACUGCACCGACACGGAUGAGUGUGCUGAGAACGUGAAUCUGUGUGAGAGCGGACACUGUCUGAACAUCGCUGGAGGAUAUCGCUGUGAAUGUGACAUGGGCUUCAUCCCCACUGCAGACGGCAAAGCGUGUGAAGACAUAGACGAGUGCACGUUUGCCGACAUCUGUGUGAACGGCCGCUGCCGCAAUAUUCCGGGUCUCUUCAGGUGCCUCUGUGACACCGGCUAUGAGCUGGACCGGAGCGGAGGAAACUGCACGGACGUGAACGAGUGUGCCAGCCCGACCACAUGCAUCAGCGGUCUGUGUGUGAACACCCCGGGCAGUUACAUCUGCAGCUGUCCUCAGGGCUUUGAGCUCAACCCCACUGGAGUCGGCUGCGUCGACACUCGCUCUGGAACCUGCUAUCUGGAGGUCCAUCAGCGUGGCGAUUACUCGGACAGUCUGGACUGCUCCACUGAGAUCGGCGUGGGCGUGUCCAAAGCGUCCUGCUGCUGUUCUCUGGGUCGGGCGUGGGGGUCGCCCUGUGAGGCCUGUCCACUGCUCAACUCCUCUGAGUACAAGGUUCUGUGUCCCGGAGGAGAAGGAUUCCGACCCAAUCCGAUCACAGUGAUACUAGAGGAUAUCAACGAGUGUCAGGAGCUGCCUGGUCUGUGUCAGGGAGGAAACUGCAUCAACACGUUUGGCAGUUUCCACUGUGAAUGUCCAAAAGGUUUUGCACUCAAUGAAGACACCAGGAUCUGUGAAGAUGUGGAUGAGUGUAAGCGGUCUGGCAUCUGUGGUCCAGGUGAGUGUUACAACACCAUUGGAAACUACACCUGCAUCUGCCCACCGGAGUACAUGCAGAUCAACGGAGGAAACAACUGCAUGGACAUGCGGAAGAGCUUGUGUUACAGGAAUUACUAUGAUAACGCCACAUGUGAUGGAGAACUAGCCUACAACAUGACUAAGAAGUUCUGCUGCUGCUCAUACAACAUCGGCCGGGCCUGGAAUAAACCCUGCGAGCGCUGUCCCGUUCCCAGCACCAAUGAGUUUGCUGUGCUGUGUGGAAGUGAGAUACCGGGAUAUUUCAUUGACAUCUACACUGGACAAAUCAUUGACAUCGAUGAGUGCCGUGAGAUUCCCGGCGUGUGUGAGAACGGCGUGUGUAUCAACAUGAUUGGCAGUUUCCGUUGUGAAUGUCCGAUGGGCUUCGUUUAUAAUGACAAGCUGCUGAUCUGUGAGGAUAUUGACGAGUGUCAGAACGGGCCGGUGUGUCAGCAGAAUGCAGUCUGUCUGAACGUUCCUGGAAGUUUCCGCUGCGAGUGUAAACCUGGAUACCGGCAAACUCCCACCCAGCAGUGUGUCGAUCGUAAUGAGUGUGCUGAGAAUCCAAACAUCUGCAGUCCUGGUCAGUGUAUCGACAUGGUGGGUAGUUACCGCUGCUUCUGCCCCAAUGGCUUCAUAUCCACCCCGGACCUGUGUAUUGAUGUGGACGAGUGCGAGCGUCAGCCAUGUGGAAAUGGAACCUGUAAGAACACCGUGGGCUCCUACAACUGCUUGUGUUACCCAGGAUUCCAGCUGUCACACAACAACGACUGCAUCGACACAGAUGAGUGCGCGUCACUCCGGGGCUUGUGUCGCAACGGAAACUGCAUCAACACAGUGGGCUCGUUUGUGUGCGUGUGUCUGGAUGGGUAUAAACUCUCUCCUGAUGGCCGGAUGUGUGUGGACAUCAACGAGUGUUUAAUCAGCCCCGGCACCUGCGGCCCUGGGAUGUGUCAGAAUCUGGACGGCUCCUACAGGUGCAUCUGUCCUCCUGGAUAUUUCCUGCAGAACGACAGGUGUGAAGAUAUUGACGAAUGCUCUCAGACUCCAGAGAUCUGCAUCUUUGGCAAGUGUGUGAACACACCGGGCAGCUUCAGGUGCGAAUGUCCGGAGGGAUUCCAGCUGUCCUCGUCCGGAAUAAGAUGUGUGGAUAUUCGUGUGAAUUACUGUUACACUAAGUUCGAGAACGGACGCUGUUUGGCUCCGAAGCCAUUGAACACCACUAAAGGCGAAUGCUGCUGCAACACCAUGCCGGGUGAGGGAUGGGGCGACCCGUGUGAGAUCUGCCCCUCCAGUAAGGACGAGACGUUCAGUGCUCUGUGUCCCACUGUGGGCACGACCCACAGUAUAGACGGCACGCCUGUAGAUGUGGACGAGUGUGCGGUGAACCCCGGCAUCUGUAAGAACGGCCACUGCAUCAACACGGACGGGACGUUCCGCUGUGAAUGCCCCAUCGGGUACCAGCUCGACUCCACCCAGAUCAACUGUAAAGACACAAACGAGUGUGAGCUGGGGAACCCGUGUGGUAAUGGCACCUGCACGAACGUGGAGGGAGGGUUUGAAUGCAGCUGCGACGAGGGUUUCGAGCCUGGACCCAUGAUAACCUGUGAAGAUGUAAACGAGUGUUCCCUGAAUCCUCUGCUGUGUGCAUUCCGCUGUGUCAACACGUUUGGAUCGUACGAAUGCAAAUGUCCAGUGGGAUAUGUGCUGAGAGAAGACCGCCGGAUGUGCAAAGAUCAGAACGAGUGUGAGGACGGGCUGGACGACUGUGCGUCCAGAGGGAUGACCUGUAAGAAUCUGAUCGGCACGUACAUGUGUAUCUGCUCGCCGGGAUACACGAGACAGCCCAACGGAGACAGCUGCGUGGAUCUGAACGAGUGCACGGCCAAGCCAGGCAUCUGUGAGAACGGCCGCUGCGAGAACACGGUGGGCAGUUACCGCUGCAUCUGCGAUCAGGGCUUCAGUCCCAGUUCCAGCAGAACCGAGUGCAUCGAUAACCGUCAGGGCUUCUGCUUCCUGGAGGUUCUCCAGACCAUGUGUCAGAUGAGUUCCAGCAGUCGGGUCAGCGUCAGGAAGUCCGAGUGCUGUUGUGACGGGGGCCGCGGCUGGGGGCCCAACUGUGAGCUCUGCCCGCUGCCCGGCACCACCCAAUACAAGAAGAUGUGCCCGCUCGGACCUGGCUACAACACUGACAGCCAGGAUAUUGACGAGUGUAAGGUGAUGGGGAAUCUGUGUAAGAACGGUCAGUGUUUGAACACGCAGGGCUCCUUCAGUUGCAUCUGUAAACCAGGAUACACCACUGACAUCAGGGGCACACAGUGUGUGGAUGUGGACGAGUGUGUUCAGGCUCCUAAACCCUGUAACUUCAUCUGUAAGAACACGGAGGGCGGGUACCUGUGCUCCUGCCCACGCGGAUACGUGCUUCAGGACGACGCCAAGAGCUGCCGGGACCUGGACGAAUGCGCAACCAAACAACACAACUGUCAGUUCCUGUGCGUCAACACCAUUGGAGGAUUCACCUGCAAAUGCCCAGCAGGAUUCACACAGCACCACACGGCCUGCAUCGAUAAUAAUGAAUGUGCCUCCGAACCGGGUCUCUGUGGUCCGAACGGAGUGUGUCAGAACAGCCCCGGCAGCUUCAACUGUGAGUGUCAGAGAGGAUUUGCCCUCGACCCCAACGGACAGCACUGUGAAGACAUGGACGAGUGUGUCGGGAAUCAUCGCUGUCAGCACGGCUGUCAGAACCUGGUGGGCGGCUACAGAUGCAGCUGUCCUCAGGGAUACCUGCAGCACUACCAGUGGAACCAGUGCGUCGAUGAGAACGAGUGCCAGAACAGUCAGAUAUGCGGCGGCGCCUCGUGUCACAACACGCUGGGCAGUUUCCGCUGCCUGUGUCCGACGGGCUUCGCCUUCGAGCAAAUGGUAGGUGGCUGUCAGGACGUCAACGAGUGCAGCUCAUCGCAGAACCCCUGCACAUACGGCUGCUCCAAUACGGACGGAGGUUACGUGUGCGGCUGCCCACCCGGAUACCUGAGAGCAGGACAGGGUCACUGUCUCUCUGGAGCGGGUCUGUCGGCCGGCGGCUCUCCUCUGACUCCCUCUGCUGACACCGACGAGAACUCGCUCUCUCCCGAGGCCUGUUAUGAGUGUAAGAUCAACGGCUAUCCAAAGAAGGGCCGCAAACGCAGAGACGUCAACACAACCGAAGAGCUUCAGAAUGAUCUGGACUUGGUCAGUCUGGCCAGUGUGGACGUGGACAACACACUCCAGCUGCAUCUGAACAUCAGCUCGCUGAAGAGCAAAGACCACAUCAUCGACUUUGUCCCGGCGCUGUCGACGCUCACCAACCACGUGCGCUACACCAUCGACUACGGCAACGACGACGGCCUGUUCAGGAUGAACCAGAAGGACGGCGUCAGCUACCUGCACAUAUCCAAGAAGAAAGCUCUCCAGCCAGGGGCGUAUUAUUUACAAAUCCGCAGCAUGCCCCUGUCCGGUAGAAAAGAACCGGCGGAAGAGCAGCCGGACACGGACUACCUCAGCGGGCAGCUGGGAGACGCUCUGCUCAUGCGAGUACAGAUCGUCCUGCACUGAUUCACCAAACAGACAGACUGCCGCAGCUACGGCCAAAGACCAGCACCUAUCGCACCCGCGCGCUUCCUCUCCAUCAUACGCUCGCAUCGAAUAUAGCAGCUGUGGAGGAACGGACGCGAGCCGCACGCGUGCCGAAGAGCCUCGCUCUCUCUCUCUCGCCGCUCCCGCUCAGUCUAUCGCAUCUUACUGCUGCUGCACUGCAGAAAACCACUUCCUAAUCAGUGUUUUUGUCUUGUUUUCCAGAACAAAUAUCUAAACAUUCUUAAAUCAAGAUGCUUGAGAAGCAAAAUGAGUCUUGGUUUCUGAAAAAUGAUCAAAAUUAAGUGAGAUGUUGCUUACAAACAAACAAAAAAAAUCUCCCAAUGGAGUCAGAAAAAUAAACUUAUUUCAUCUUCAUCUUUCUUUAGUUGCUGUUUAAGCAUGAAAAAGGCGGGAGUUCUUCUCUAUAUCAGUGUCAGUGUUUCUGAACUCCCUGAAACGCCUCCAUCUGUAGUUUUCUUCACAAUAUUCCUCAUUUAAAUAAUUCAUACGCAGAAUAAAGGGGCGGGGCCUGGUAGAGUUAGUUAGUAGUGUGUUGAAACUGGCGGUUAUGGUAAGGGGCGGGACACAUUUAAAUAGGCGCUUUUACAUUUAUCUUUAAAAGCGAAUCUUCCGCCAUCGUCUUGUCAGUCAGCUCCUCACUCUCGUGAUGAAUGAAACCUGACUCCUGCUGCUGAUCUGUGCUGCGACUCAAACACAUUUCCCAAACACGCUCGAAGCGCUUGACCAAUCAGAGCACAUUGUGCUUUUCAGAAGGAGGGGCUUCAUAGAGACAGGAACUAAACAGAGCGUUACUGACAGACUGGGAAGAGAGGAGCUGAACAAUGGAGAAUAUGAGGAAAAUAAUCAACAUUCAAGCAGGAAAACCUGUUCUAGUAGAGCACAAAAACUACAUCAAGACUUUGGAAAAGGGGAUAAAAUCGCUUUUUAAAUCACAGUUCAUUUACUUGAGUAGGAAAAUAAAGAGUUUGUGCUUAAAACAAGAAUAAAUAUCUACCAAUAGGGUCAAGAAAAUCAACUUAAUUCAAAGAAAAAUUUUUCCGACUCCAUUGGCAGAUGUUUCUUAUUGUUUUAAGCAUAAUCGCACUUAAUUUGAUUCAUUUUUUCAGUAAACAAGACUUAAUACCUUCAGUCAUUUCUCUUCUCCAGUAAAUGUAUCUUGAUUUAAGAAUGUUUAGAUAUUUGUACUGGAAAACAAGACAAAAAUACUGAGGAAGAACAUCAUGUUUUGCAGGGCAGUCACGUGAGCGCAUUGAUUCAAGCACUGUAAUAAUCGUCCGCGGCUGACCGACGCUUUCUGUUCUCUCCUGCAACUAUACUACAUGUAAUUUAAGUGUGUCUAUACUGUAACCGUGUCACUUUGUUACUCGCGAUGUAAACUAGAGGACCCCUGGAACGGAGGGGUUUGUAAUGGUGCUUGUUAUAAUGACCAACUACUUGUAAACUGUGUUUCUGUGACUCGAUCCAUGCACUGAGGUCUUACGGCCACACGCACUUCCACACACACGCUCACCGCGUCAUCGGCCGUCUGGCCUCGGCCUGGAGAACCACGCCGUUCUGUUCUGUGUUCACACUUGCGAGGGGUUUAGUUGUACAUUCACAAUAAAAACAUAUUUUUGGUUGUA